UACUGAAUCUGAGGUAUCUCACGUGACGUCGUCGACCAUUGAGUAUCAUUUUCCACACGUUCUUAUUUCUUUGGGUGGACUGAUUUCGCUUGUCAGUUUCUUAGGGUGUUAUGGCGCAGCAAAUCAAAAGAUUACUUUCUUGAAGGUUUACGUAAUAUCAUUAUUCAUAUGCAUAAUCUUUCAAAUCGUUAUUGGUAGUAUCGCCUUCGCAUAUCAUCAAGAUGUUGAUUCAAUCCUUGACAAGUCAUGGUCAAAAGCAUUCCAGGAUGAUAAACAACUUAUACUUGAUGUAGAAAAUUAUUUCCAUUGUUGCGGAUUUAAUAGCCUUUCUGAUCGCGUCGUACUUCCGUGUACAUAUUAUACGCCAUGUUAUGAAUCAAUGAAAUUUUCUUUAACAUAUAGUUUACAAACGAUUGGAAUUGUAGGAGUAGUUUUAGGAUUAUUAGAACUUAUCUGCCUGCUAUUAGCUGUCGUAUUAAUCAUCCAUACCAUUCACAUUCAUCGUCAAGAACCGGAUGAACGACAAGCUUUGUUGGCAGAAACACGACGACUUGAUGAUGCUAUUCGUAAAACUUAUGAACGUCGCUGUCGAUAUCACUAA